AUGACCGCUGAAAUGCUCACGGAAAACAAGGCUGCCAACUCCUACAACCUAUCACCUCUCGAUGUUCAUAUUUCGAAUCAUGCGUUCAUUUAUCCAACUGCUUCUGUUUCUCCUCACUUUAUAGGCUGCCCUUCUCCCUGGUACAACGAGUGUGUCUGCGGCCUCGACCAGCAAAGCGCGGCCGGCGCCCAGGUGAGCGCGUGCAUGCUGAGCAGAUGUACGGACAAUGUGGGGAUAUCCACCGCGGUUGAGGUCUACUUCGACUACUGUUCUUCGGCAGGGUAUGCGCUUGCGACAACAGCGGCUACUACCCUGCCUCCCAUUGACUAUAGCACCGUCAGUUUGUCAGGAGACCGCGGAUUCGAGGUCCUGCGAUCUUGCGAGCAGGAAUGCAUCUGGGGCACAUGCUGCAUCUCCGUUGCGGAUUUCAUAGGCUGCAACAGUCCUUGGUACAACGGGUGCGUUUGCGACCUGAAUAUGCAGAACCCGGCCGCAUCUCAUGUAGCCAGCUGCAUAUCGAGCAAGUGUGCUUCGAAUACAGAUGUGUCCACGGCAGUGGCCGUAUAUUUGGAUUAUUGUGCUUCGGCCGGAUAUCCGCUUGCCAAUGUGGCACGGGUUUCCAGUGUAGCGACACAAGCCUCCAGAGAAACACUAACUUUCAAUGUCAACGGGGACACGGCAACGACGAUGACGCCGCCGGUCACCACCGCCGCAGGAACGACAUCCUCAAACGGGCCUUCCACCACACAUGCAGCAGACACUCCAGCGAGUACGAACCCAGCAAGUCAUUCUGGAUAUUCGACUUCGGAUAAGAUUGCUUUGGGGGUCGGCAUUGGGGUCGGAUUGCCGAGUUUGCUCGCCACAAUUUGGUCGUGUCUUCGAAUUGAAAGACGCGCAUUAGGUUUAGGAUAG